AUGUCGCCCCCGAGACGGCCGUCCAAUAACGGGACCGAAACCGAAACCGAGCCCUUUCCAACCAUCGACGAGACGUCGCCACGCUCAGACAACACAGAUCCUCCGUCGCCUGUAGAGAAUCGACCAGCUGCCUCUUCAUCCUUAAGCGGACGCCUUCGUCGCGUCUCCCAGAGCUUCGAAGUAUCAGGCCCUCCUGAGGGUUUCAUGGCCGCGACGGGAACCAUCGCAUCUUCAAUCUUCACUCGUCAGGCCGCGCCACGCAGAACCUCGGAGGCAUCCAUACCAAUGCAAUCGGGUCCCGCCGCCGGUCCAUCGAGACAAAGCACAUUUCCCGUCGUCAACGAAGAGGCGACCUCUGAGGAAAAGGCUAGCACCAGUGCUGCAUCCACGAAGAGAGAUGGGGAACCCGACGCUGCUGCGCCGUUCCCCAACGGCUACCAUUUCCCUCCCAAGCAUACAUUUGCUCAGUCAACGAAGACCGGGUUGAUCGCCUUUUGGAAUUACUUCCUUACGCCUCUGGGCUUCUGUGUUACUAUCUAUGGCUUGAACGUUGUGGCUUGGGGAGGCAUGCUCUUCCUUCUCCUCUGCAACGCCGCCCCUGCUAUGUGCCACCCAACUUGCAACGACAUCAACUCACCCAGACGAAAAUGGAUUGAAUGGGAUUCGCAGAUUCUCAAUGCCCUCUUCUGCGUUACCGGUUUUGGGCUCGCUCCCUGGCGGUUUCGCGAUCUCUACUUCCUCCUUCAAUACCGAGUAAAGAACGAUACGAUUGCGCUCCGCCGUCUGGGUGGUAUUCACCGAGGAUGGUUCCGGCUUCCAGGCUCUGAGGAUGUUGACGUUAACAUCGGACCAAAGAAUGUCUCUAGCUCCCCCGAAUUAUGUUCAUCUAUCUCUGUCCCCUUUCCCGAGGAUAAGAUACCAGACGCUCCCCUCACCGGUCGACGAGCCCCCGCUACGCCAGUUUGGAAGAUGGAUGCCGUCGUUUGGCUGAUGGUUUGGAAUACCUUCCUCCAGUGUGUCUUGGCCGGCUUCAUGUGGGGCUUGAACCGAUAUGACCGUCCCAGCUGGUCCACUGGUCUUUUUGUGGCACUCGCAUGCAUCGUCGCCGCUAUUGGAGGAAUCAUGAUGUUUAUUGAAGGAAAGAAGGUCAAGGGCAUCGAGGGAAUCCCCAUCAGCGAGCAAGACAUGCAGCAACUGCAGGAGGAUCGCGAAAGGGGCGUUUGGCACUUCAACAACAUCAAGGACAAGGACUUGGCGGAGAAGGAAAAGAAGGCGGCCAAAAAGUGA